UACGAUAUCAACAGUUACAAUCUGAGACAGAAACGCGUGAGACAUAAUGGAAAAGAGGACUAUUUUUAAAUACAUUUCAGUGACUAUUUGUGUUCUAAUAGUUAUAGCCGUAAUUGUGGUUGUCGUUGUGUAUACUCGUAAAGUGUAUCCUGAGAGAAGCAAAUUGCUUAUUGACAAUGACGCAGGAGGGGAUGAUGCAAUGGCCAUAUUCUUGGCUUUGCUGUAUGAAAAAUAUUUCGAUGGUCCACAGUUAAUUGCUCUUACAACGGGAAACGGUAACACAAAUGAAGACAACGUUAGUAGGAACAAUCAGAGAAUACUGAAAGUUGCCCAGAGACAAGACGUGCCGAUAUACAGAGGAUCCAAAUCUUCAAUCGUGUUUACACCAGAAAGUACAAAUUACUUCGGAAAGGAUGGUUUAGGGGACGUCGAUGAAGUAAUAACUGACUUAGUUCCCCCUCAGCAACAAAAUGCCGUGGAUGCUCUUAUAAGUCUGUCCAAGAAAUAUGAAGGUGAACUCACGGUCGUCACAAUUGGUGCUUUAACAAAUGUAGCUUUGGCUAUCAAGGUGGACCCUGGCUUCUUAAACCGACUAGCUCAUCUGUACAUUGGAGCAGGUCACAUAAAUGGUGACAAUCAUCCUGAACCUGAGUUCAAUGCGCACGUGGACGUAGAAGCCUACCACAUUGUGAUGCAAUCCGCUACACCCGAUAAAGUGUCCGUGUUUCCUUUCUCUCAGACCUAUGCAUUUCUGAAUUUCACUAAAGAAUGGAGAUUGGACGUCCUUGGUGCCAUAGACACAGAUAUAAUGAGGGCUCAAAAUCAGUAUGAAAGGAUCGCCAUUCCGCAAGAAGACGGGUGGGCAGCAUUGGAUCCUUCAGUGGUGGCUGCAGUAAUCAAUCCUAACUUGGUAGAAGAAUAUAAGUAUUCCAAAUAUGAUAUUAUUUUAUGUGGUGACAAGAGAGGCAUAAACACGAACGAGUUUGUCGAACAAGAUAAAGCAAAUGUAAGGAUAGUGUACAAAGUAAACAGUGAAGAAUACAAACAAUUUUUGUUAGAUGUGUUUUCCGCUGAAUUAAAAACCAAAAGUGGUUCAUAAUUA